CUCAUCAUGAUACCAACAACAGAUUCCCGAGCUCGGAAAGACGGUCUCAUUCCUCUGUCAACAAGUACCGGUACGAGUACUCCUCAUACGGUAUGGUUGUUGGAAAUUGGAAGCCUAACGAAUAGCGAGUAACUUUUGAUAUCACAACGCUCGUGAACCAGAGAUCUAGACUCGAAGGGAAGCACUCAUUCGGUCGUAAGGAAACAAUUUACCUAAAGCGAGGAAAUACCUUCCUCCUGCAGUACGCGUACUUCAUUGUUGACAAAGAAAAAUGAAUUAAAAUGAACCACGCCAGCAAAAGAGAACCAACGGCCUCGGGUGGGAGUGCCAAAUCCGUUACAAUGGCCGACUUCAUCCGUUUCAAUGAGACAUCGAAUCUGGCACCUAUUCGUGCUGCCGUAAAAAGCCCGACUCCUGCCGCCGUCAGCAACUCCAUGAUAGCGAAGCCAACAACAAAUCUUUCCUACACUGUUCGGGCAACAAAAAAGGGGAAUGUUCCGUGUGUAGUGGAAUCGCGGAAGCAUCACAAAGUUGUCGUUUUAUCAAACAUCGACGGAGACGUUGACGCUUUGCUGUCGACUCUGAAGAAGAAACUAGGAACAGGAGGUGUAAAAAAAGGGAAUACGAUCGAGAUCAACGGCGGUGGGGACAAACAAGUCGAAGCGAUCAAGCGCUUUUGUGUGAAAUCUGGCUGCCUUAAAGGAGUAUCGAAACAGACGAAAGGAGCAAUCGUUGAAAAAACAUCGAAAAGUGCAAAAGGGACAGGCAAUAAGAAAUCUAACGACGAGAAUACACCGAAGCCUCCGUCAUCCAUCGAUCCAAGUAUGCGUCUCACUUCGAAAGAGAUCAAAGCAAUGAAACCCAACAAAAUGAAGGAGCACCUCGCGGCGUGGCAACUAUCAACCCAAGGCAAUAAAAAGGAGCUAAUAGCGAGGCUGAUUUCGGCCUCUGCGCUAUCUACAGCUUGAAAGCACAAAGAUAUUACACUUUAUCUUUCAGUCCAUAUCUUAUUGGCAAGAAUUAUUGAGUCGUAAUCAGUAAGACGAAUCUUAUAGUUAAUCCUCCUCUGGUAUUAGGAACUCAUUAAUAUUGGCAAUAGGCGCGAAAAUCGUUCUACUUCGAGUUUAUUGUUCUUCAAUAUGUUUGAGGGAAGUACAUGUGUACAGUCAAUAAAAAAUAUGAUUAUUU